UGGAGAGAUGAGUGAAACUGUGUUAGUGAUUUUGAUCACUAUACUGGUGGCGGUGGAAGUGAGCCCAGAGCACCUGGAUGUAUUCCUGCCAAAGGGAGAUGGAGAUAUUUCCCCAUGGAGAACAGUCCGGUUGACAGGCACAGGGUUGGAUGGCUUCUCAACACGAGACCUUCUUUUUAUUCAACAAUGUCCCUAAAGUGAGAGCUUUGGCUGCACAGAAGAACUGGUUAAGGUGUGUAACAUCUGCAGAGGAACCUUCAGGAGCUGGUUCACUGAUUGUGGCCAACCAGCGCUAUGGCUGACUCUCACUUGUCUGGCUCCAUAGGAAGCUACAACAGCACCACCACCAGCGCUUGGAACAUCACCGGCAGCGGCCCGUGGUUGCUGGCCUUCAUGCUGACUGUCAUCAUCCUCAUGACUGUCUGUGGCAACAUGUUGCUUAUCGCCGUGGUGUUCGCCCAUCGCUCUUUGCGCUGCACCUCAAACUGCUUCCUGGUGUCUCUGUUCCUGUCUGACCUGAUGGUGGCCCUGGUGGUCAUGCCCCCGGCCAUGCUCAACGUCCUGUGCGGGGCCUGGGUGCUGUGGCCGGCCUUUUGCCCCAUUUGGCUCUGCUUCGACGUCAUGUGCUGCAGCGCGUCCAUCCUCAACCUGUGCGUGAUCAGCCUGGACCGCUACCUCUUCAUCAUCUCGCCGCUGCGCUACAAGCAGAGGAUGACCCCGCCGCGGGCGUUGCUCCUGGUGGGAGCUGCAUGGGGGUUGGCAGCGUUGGCCUCCUUCCUGCCCAUUGAGAUGAAAUGGCACAGCUUAGGCCAUGGGAGUGGACACUCAUCGGUUCCUGGGGUCAGCGGUAGUAACAUCAGCUCUUACUCUGACACACUGUACCCAGCAUCCUACUUUCAGCUGUCGCCAUCAGGAGGCCUUUCCUUCCAGUGCCGCCUGCGGGUCACCCUGCCCUUUGCCCUGGUGGCGUCUGUGCUCACUUUCUUUUUGCCCUCCAGUGCCAUUUGCUUCACUUACUGUCGGAUCCUCCUGGCGGCGCGGAGGCAGGCGAAGAGGGUUGCAGCACUGAGCCACCCGCCGCACCCACAUCCCUCUCUGGGGGAACCUUCCAGGCCUCCGUCACCUGGGGUUGCAGCAGGGCAAGCUCACCAGGACGGAGAUGACUGCAGUCACCAGGAACCGCCUGUGUCACAAAAUGUACCGCCGUCAGUGACCAGUGAGCGUCGUCUGGCUCACAGGCAGGGUCGGAGGGCACUGAAGGCCAGUCUGACACUGGGAGUCCUCCUGGGACUCUUCUUCAGUGCUUGGCUCCCCUUUUUCAUCACCAACAUGGCUCAGGCAGUGUGUGAGUGCGUCCCCCAUGCGCUCUUCGACGCCAUCACCUGGCUGGGCUACUGCAACAGCACCAUGAACCCCAUCAUCUACCCGCUGUUCAUGAGAGACUUCAAGCGAGCUCUGGGGAAGCUUUUGCCCUGCUGUUCCUCGCAGUCCCCCAGAAGACCCUCACCGGCGCUCUCCCUCUCUCUCCGCAACUCAGGAGAGCCCAACAUUGCCAGCAGAACCCCCUCUCCGCUGGCCUCUGACCCCACGCACCCGCCUGCCACCGCCACUGAUGCCGUCAACCUGCUGGAUGCCGAGCAUGCUGGCAUCGAGCUGCCUCUGCUGCUGCCCAACCAGGUCGACACCCUGGAUUGAAUAGCAAUUAUGGAAAUGCUAACAUG